AGAAUAUGUGUUGAGAAUGGAAUGUUUACUUUUGGUUUCUUCAAGGAUGGAAUUACAAAUUUUCGUGAAUGGUUUGAUGAGUUGUUGAAAACUUCUUGGCUAGCUUGUCAGAAUACUGAUGUAUUAAUAGAGUCCCCUAGUGCAAUGUCUGGAAUUCAUAUCGCCGAAGCUUUAGGCAUUCCAUAUUUUCGGGCAUUUACAAUGCCAUGGACACGGACUAAAGCAUAUCCCCACGCAUUUGCGGUAUCUAAUUAUGAUUUAAAAGGUCCGUAUAAUUACAUGUCGUAUGUCCUUAUUGAGAAUGCAUUUUGGUUAGCAAUUGCACCACAAAUUAAUCGAUGGCGAAAGAAUACGUUAAAGUUACGGAGCACUAGCCUAGAGAAAAUGGAUGCAAACACAGUUCCAUUUUUGUAUAAUUUCAGUGAUCGCAUUGUACCUAAGGCACCUGAUUGGGCUGAUUGGAUACACGUAACAGGAUAUUGGUUUUUGGACAACCCCGAAAUUGGAUGGAAAGUACCACAGGAUUUGAUUGAUUUCAUAAAAAAGAAUCACGAUGAUAAGAAAAAAAUAGUUUAUAUCGGAUUUGGAUCAAUUGUUGUAGACGAUCCACAAGCAAUGACAAAAAUCAUUGUAGAAUCUAUUAAGAGAAGUGGCGUUGCAGCAAUACUAUCAAAAGGAUGGAGUGAUCGUUUACAAAGAACAAAAGCUGAUAAUAAUAAAGAAGAAUAUCCUUCCUGUAUAUAUCCACUGAAAUCCGUACCACAUGACUGGUUGUUUCCACAAAUUGAUGCAGUAGUACAUCAUGGAGGCGCAGGAACAACGGCAGCAGGACUUCGUGCUGGUAAACCCACUAUAAUUAAACCAUUUUUUGGAGAUCAGUUUUUUUGGGGAGAGCGAGUUGAACAAAUGGGUAUUGGAUUUAAUCUUAAGAAAUUGGCGAUCGAAAAAUUAUCGGAUUAUCUUGUUGCAGUUACUACAGAUGAUAAAAUGAUCAAAAAAGCAUCUUUGGUUGGUAUAAAUAUUCAAAAGGAAGAUGGCUUAAAAAAUGCAAUACAAGCAAUCUAUCACGAUUUGGAUAUUGCUAAAAAGAGAAUCAAGGAGCAAAAAACUCGUACCGAAAAUGAUUCAACUUAUAUUAACACAGAUUUUUCAACGUUGGCAACUGUGAAAUUUUUUAAAAGAAUUACGACUACACCACCAUCAACUCCGUGA